AUUUUCUGUUUUGUUUGUUCCAGCCGCCCGCACUCUUGUUCCUCGCCGCUACUCAGCCGCACGCAUCACCACUGGUAUGUUGUGUCGUCUCUUGCAUUUCCCUUCUUUCAUUCUUGUUUCUCUCUUCAAAAAAUCAUUCUCCAAAACCAAAACCAUUCACUACAACAAAAAAUUCAACUUUUCUUCUUCCACUUCUCUUGCACUUUCUUCCUCACAAACCCAUUUCACAAAACCCUCAAAUUUCUCAUCUUUUGAUCCUAACACUUUCAAAGUCCUCCAAAAACUUUACCUUUAUCGUAACAACCCUUCACUUGCACUCUCUUACUUUACCCAACUCAACCAACAUGGUUUCACACACAACAUUCAAACCUAUGCUUCUUUUAUUAGAAUACUAUGUUAUUGGAAUUGGAAUACAAGUUUGGAUAAUCUUUAUUGCGAUAUAAUUACUCGUUGUUCUGAACAAAACCCAUUAUUUGAAAUUCAUGAAUUGUUUGAGAAACUUGUAGAAAGUGUUGAUUUCGAUAAUAAAAAUUGUUACUUUGUUAGAGCUUUUGAUGGGUUUGUUAAAGCUUAUGUUGGUCUUAAUAUGUUUGAUGAAAGUGUUGAGUUCUUGUUUCAAUUUCAAAUUGAGAGGUUUAGGAUUUUUCCAAGUAUGUUUGCUUGUAAUUUUCUUAUUAACCGUUUGGUUAAUUAUGAUAAAAUCGAUAUGGCUUUGGACGUUUAUGGUCGAAUUAAGAGGCUUGGUUUGUGUCCUAACCUUCACACUUAUGGCAUUGUUAUCAAGGCAUUGUGUAAGAAGGUUGAUUCUUUGAAAUAUGUUGUUCGUGUGUUUGAUGAAAUGAAGGAUGCCGGGGUGACUCCGAAUUCGUAUUGUUAUGAAGCUUAUAUCGACGGGUUGUGUAAUAAUCGUAUGUCUGAUUUGGGAUAUCACGUACUUCAAUAUCAUAGAAAGAGGAACGCUCCUAUUGAGGUUUAUGCCUAUGCUACGGUUAUUCGCGGGUUUUGUAAUGAAAUGAAAUUAGAUAAAGCCGAGGAUGUGUUUUAUGACAUGAAAUGGGAGGGACUUGUUCUUGAUUUUCAUGUUUAUUCUUCGUUGAUCCGUGGAUACUGUAAGAGCAAUGAUUUGGGUAAAGCUUUCAAAUUACACGAUGACAUGAUUUCGAAGGGUAUAGAGACGAAUUAUGUGAUUGCUAGUUGUAUCCUUCAUUGCACGGGUGAGAUGGGUAUGGAUUCAGAAGUUGUAGAUACAUUUAAAGAAUUAAAGCGAUCGGGUGUGUUUCUCGAUGGGGUUGCUUACAAUAUUGUAUUUAAUUCUUUGUGUAAAUUGGGUAAGGUGGAUGAAGCAGUAGGUAUGUUGGAGGAGUUGAAAUCUAUGCAUAUCAAUGUAGAUAUCAAACACUACACAACCUUUAUUAGUGGUUACUGUCUUCAAGGUAAACCCGAUGUAGCCUAUAGUACUUUCAAAGAAAUGGAAGAAAAUGGACUUAAACCUGAUGUUGUUGCUUAUAAUGUACUACUUGCCGGUUUGUUCAGAAAUCGUCGUGAUUGUGAGGCAGUUGACCUUUUGAGUCAUAUGGAUAGUCAAGGUGUGAAGCCGAACUCUACUACACAUAAGAUUACCAUUGAAGGUUUGUGUUCAGCAGGCAAGGUUGAAGAUGCUGAGGCAUAUUUUAACUGUCGGAAAGAUGAAGGUGUCGAAAUCUAUACUGCCAUGGUUAACGGCUAUUGUCAAGCUGGCCAUAUUGAAAACUCAUAUGAACUUUUCUGUGAAAUUUCAAACCAAGGAGAUAUUGCAAAAGAAGGUUCCGGUUUUAAGCAACUUAGCAAAGUAAUGUAUUCUAAAGUAUUAAGUGCAUUGUGCCAAGAGAUUCAAAAAAAAGAAAAAGAAAAAGAAAGUGCAUUGUGCCAAGAGAUUCAAAAAAAAGAAAAAGAAAGUGCAUUGUGCCAAGAGAUUAAAAAAAAUAUAAAGGAAAUUGCAUUGUGCCAAGCAAGGAAUAUGAAAAAUGCUCGCUCUUUGUUUGAUUUUUUUCUCGAGAAAGGAUUUACGCCUGACGUUGUAACUUACACAAUUAUGAUAAAAAGUUAUUGUAUAAUGAAUUGCUCGCAAGAGGCUCAUCACCUCUUCCAGGAUAUGGAGAUCAGAGGGAUCAAACCUGAUGUCAUUACCUACACAGUUCUACUCGAUGAGGGACUAAAACAAUUCUAUUAUGGACACAGAAAAGGAAAGGAUGCAAAGUACAAUGUUUUGACUAUCUGGGGAGACAUGAAGCAAAUGGGAAUUAGUCCAGAUGUUGUUACUUACACUGUUAUGAUUGAUGGACACAUGAAGAUUCAUAACCUUGAAAACGCAAUUAUAUUCUUUAAAGAAAUGAUUGCCUUACGACUAGAACCAGAUAUUGUAACAUACACUGCUCUAGUUUUUGGCUUGUUAAACGAAGGGUACACGGAGAAUGCGGUUAUGAAGGAAAUAACACCACCCUUGCAUAUCAUCUCAGAGUUAAAACGUCAAAUUAUAAAAUUUAGAAAAAGGUGCAAUUUCUAAAGUAGUGACUCAGUUUUGAAACUCUAUCUGGUUGCUACCUAAAGAUUUGAAAGGGAAGAGAGGCACAGAUCUAUUACCAGAAUGUCAUUGUAUGUAGAUAUUAAUGACACAAAAGAAGCUUGGAAGCUUGUAUUUUGAGUAACAAAUCUUUGGCAUGUCCAGAAUCCUCCUGUACUCACUAAAUGACAAUGCUUUUGAUGGAUGCCAAGUGUCAUGGAUAGACGUCAGAAUUCAAAAGAUGCAGAAGGUGCUCACAUGUAAAGAGACGAAGGGUUCUAAUGGAAAAACGUGCAUACAAGUCUAAAAAACUUGGUUUUGAGGCUUUUGCUGAUGCACUUCUUGUGGUGCCUAAGACACUCGCUGAAAAAAAGACACUCGCUGAAAAAAAGGACAUUCAAGAUGUGAUUAUUGCCCUUACGGGAGAGCAUGAUAGAGGGAAUGUUGUUGGAUUGAGUCAAAACACUGGAGAACAUAUAGACCCUCAAAUGGAGGGUAUUUUUGACAACUACUCUGUGAAUCGCCAAGUCAUCAACUCAGGGAAAGGUAUAGCAUCACAAUUGCUAUUGGUGGAUGAAGUAAUUCGUGUCGGGCGUCCUGUAAGGGCCCCAAACCUCAAUGACAAUAUUCAGGAAGGGAAGGGCUAAUGAAUCAAAUGAGGGACUAUAUGCAGAAGCCAACUUAGAUGUUCUUUCUCACCUGAAGUCCCUCUUUUGAAUAGGGUUUGCCAUGAGCUUUAUUUUGAGUUGACAUCUCAACAAUGAGGAUUGUUAUGAAUUGUUUGCUUACUUUGAAAAUGAAGCAUUUGUAUUUUGUUUUCUUUUCUUUUUGAAGGACAUAUUAGUAUGAUGUCUAUCAUGACCGAAUUUUGGGCUGCUUUACAAGUUUUUUAAGCAUAAUUUGUUAUAGAUGUUGGAAAUGUGGUUCAUCUUCGAAAGUUGAUUUGUUUUAGUUCAUGAGGAGCAGGUGUAACUUUCACCCGUAAUGUAUGACUCGUGUGAUUUUAGUGGAUACAUUUUUACCAGCAUCAAUCUGGAAAUUAAAAUGAUAUUAUAUCAUGCAAGUAGAAAAACCGUAGUUUAAUUUGAUUCCUGUUUGAUUGAUUUGUGAACUACUAUUAACGUUGCUUUUAAAUUUUAUAUUUUAGUGGAAGUAUAUAAGCAUAUGUCAAAAUAUCAUUUAUUAAAUUAUGGUGGUUAUUGGUUAACUUAACAUAUCAUUUUUUAAGCGUUAGUUUCUCUCUUGUGGAAGUAAUUAACGCUUAAUUGUUAUUGAUAGAAUAAUUUUUACUAACAAUAGUUUGAAAAGAGUACAACAGAUGAUGAAGAAUGAGAAACCCUCCAUAGCUGUGGCACAGCAAAGAUAUAUCAAAAGAUGGAAAACAUUGAUAAUUAAAUUUGUAACUGAUUAGCCAAAAACACGUACCCUUCAUUUCAUUAUUAUGCAAAAUACUAAUUUCUUUGUGAUUUGGCCAUCAAUUUAUAGAAGUGGAAUUCAUUAGGAAACAAUGCAAAAUAGUUAGGGUAGAUCAAUGUAUGUCGCAUGUGGUCUAUGGUAGACCAUCUUUCUUUAAUCAUCAUUAGAUCCGGUAGUCCUCUUUGGUACGUACCAUUUUCUUUCCACAUCAAAUCUCUCUACUGCUGUCACUAAGCCUUUAAUUUGAAAAUUCUGUCUUUUUGUUUGUAUCAUAAUAUUUAUCCAUAUUUUGAGAUGGAAUGAAAACCGAUUAAAACCUCAAAGUAAUUUAGACCACAAGCGACAGUUGAAAAAGAAGCUGGGUGGUUGCUUUUAUCAUCGUUAUUGGUUUCUUUACCAAAGGAGGAGCUUAAAGAGGACGUCUUUGAUAUCCUUGCAUUGUGGGCUACACUCUUUGCUGGGAAUCCAGAAAAUGAAGUUACCAAAACUGAUGACUUAAUGUCAAGGAUAUAAUUUGAUUCUUUCAGAUUUAACGAGUCUUGAUAUUCUUGAUAAUGCUCGUUCAUUGCAUCAUGGAAAUUCAUCUUCUGGCAGAAGUGGGCAUCCUGACUGCUUUCUUAAGAUGGUGAAGAAUCUUCCAUUGACCAGACCAAACUUUGGAAAAGAUGUUCGUCAUUUUGAAUUUGAAUUCGUUUCACAUGUAAGGCCUAUGAUGAAAUUUGUACGUAUUACACAGUAGAGCUCUUCAUAUAUUCACACACACACACACACACACACACACACACUGUGAUUUGGAUUCUAUUUUACUUGCAUCAUCUUCGUUCUUUGAAUGAAUGUAUGCAUCUUGGGUUCCUUAGGCUAUUGAGUAUGACACUGGUGAUGUUCUUGAAAUUCUCCCUGGUCAAGAUUCCGCUGCAGCUGAUGCUUUCAUACGACGUUGUAAUUUGGAUCGUUCAUCAGCAUAAGUCUUUUAAGAUUAGUUAAUGUUUGAUUAUAUUAAAAAUAUAUUGAUCUUAUCAUAUAAAAUUUUAUAUUAAUCCUAAGGAUUAGCUUUCA